GCUGUCCCUCUUGGCCGCCCUGACGUUUGUGGGCAACGCAGCCAUUGUGAUUGCGCACGCCCUCAUCAAGCGCAAGGAACACGUGUGGGCCGGCAAGCAGGUCGUGGUGCGUUGAAUUGCAAGGCCAAUUGCAUGCCCAAUACUAAUGCGCGCCUGCCAGAUCUACCUCGUCGGCUCCUUCUUCGUCUACUGCCUCUUCCUCAUCUCACUGCUCGACUCGAAGCCCUCGCCGACCGCCGCCCACCUCGCGACAUGGACUGUUGCUACAGUGCUCGAGGUCGUCCUCGUAGGCCUGUCCUUCGCUAUCUACUCGCAUGCACACAAGGAGCCCACCGCACACCCGGCCCCCGGACGCGGCCGCCUUCACCUAGGCAUGACCGACUGGGAUUCGGCCGAAGUGGCCAUGGACCUGCUGCGCAUCGUGCUCCUGCUCGCCCUGAUCGGAUUCUACCUCCUGUUCAUAACACUGCCGGCAUACCAGAAAAAGAAAGCACAAGAGGCGGGCACCUCAAGCGAGACCACCUCGCUACUGGCUAAUGGCGAGCGCGACGGCAGCCCGAGCGCGGAGAACGGUCACGCGAACGGCUCAUACGGUUCAGUCCACCCCGUCGGUGGCAAACACCAGCACGCGGAAGGUGCACCGCCCGCCUGGAGCAGACCGACUGGCGCACCGUCGCGCAGCUGGUGGGAGUACAUCAAGGGCUACCACGUCUUUUUCCCGUACCUUUGGCCCUCCAAGAAUCGCCGUCUGCAGGUAAUCGUAGUCAUCUGCUUCCUGCUCGUCCUCUGCCAGCGUGUUGUCAACGUCAUGGUUCCCAACCAGAUCGGCAUCAUCGUGAACACUCUUGCGCACAAGGACCGCGGCAAUCCGUGGGCCGCCAUCAUGACUUUCAUCUUCUUCCGCUUCAUCCAGGGCAACAAUGGCCUGCUUGGCGCGAUCCGAUCCACCCUCUGGAUCCCUGUCGGCCAGUAUUCGUACCGCGAACUGUCAGUUGCGGCAUUUGAACACGUGCAUGGUCUUAGCCUCGAUUUCCACCUCGGCAAGAAGACGGGCGAGGUCCUGUCAGCGCUUGGCAAGGGCAGCUCCAUCAAUACGUUUUUGGAGCAGGUGACCUUCCAAGUGGUUCCCAUGCUUGUCGAUCUUGCCGUUGCGAUCGGAUACUUUCUGAUCGAGUUCGACGCUUACUAUGCGCUUGUGAUCUCCGUCGUCACGUUCUGGUACAUCUAUCUGACUAUCCGCAUGGCCCAGUGGAGGGCCGAGAUUCGCCGCGAAAUGGUCAAUGCGGAUCGCGAAGAAGAUGCUGUCAAAAACGAUUCCAUGGUCUCCUAUGAGACGGUCAAGUAUUUCAACGCCGAAACGUACGAAUUUCAGCGCUACCGCAAUGCGGUGAACAAGUUUCAGAGCGCCGAGUACAAGGUUCUGUUUUCACUAAACCUUAUGAACGUCACGCAAAACAUGGUCUUCAUGCUAGGUCUCCUGGUCACUUGCUUCAUCGCCGCCUGGCAGGUCACCACAGGCCAGCAAGAGGUCGGCAAAUUUGCCACGCUGGUAAUAUACAUGGGCCAGCUGCAGAGUCCACUCAAUUUCUUCGGGACCUUCUACCGGAUGAUUCAGUCUGCGAUGAUCAACUCUGAGCGGAUGCUCGAGCUUUUCAAGGAGCAACCGACGGUGGUCGACAGCCCCAAUGCCAAGACGCUCCCCACCUGCCAGGGAGAUCUCCGGUUCAACGAUGUUCACUUCUCAUAUGACAACCGUAAACCCGCCCUUCAAGGCCUGGAUUUCCAUUGCGCGCCCGGUACGACAACGGCGUUCGUCGGAGAGUCGGGUGGUGGCAAGUCCACAGUAUUCCGCCUGCUGUAUCGUUUCUACAAUAUCAUGUCUGGUAGCAUCCAGAUUGAUGGCCACGACGUGGAGGACCUCACCAUUGAUUCUGUGCGCAGGCACAUUGGUGUUGUUCCUCAGGACACCGUUUUGUUCAACGAGUCGCUCAUGUAUAACCUCAAGUAUGCCAACCAGGACGCGACGGACGAGCAAGUAUACGCCGCAUGCCGUGCGGCGAGCAUCCACGACAAGAUCCUGACGUUUCCGGAUCAAUACGAGACAAAGGUUGGUGAGCGCGGCUUGCGCCUUUCGGGUGGUGAAAAGCAGCGCGUUGCUAUUGCUCGCACGAUUCUGAAAGAUCCGCGCAUUAUCAUGCUUGACGAGGCGACGGCUGCCCUUGACACCGAGACGGAACAGCAUAUCCAGGAAGCGUUCACCAAGCUGGCACAGGGCCGCACUAUGCUCAUCAUUGCCCAUCGGCUCAGCACCAUCACCCAUGCUGAUCAAAUACUGGUUCUGCACAAGGGUAAGGUUGCCGAGCGUGGUACGCACGAAGAGCUGCUCGAAAAGAACGGGCAUUAUGCGGCCAUGUGGAAAAAGCAGAUCCGAGCGCAAAGGGCUGCCGAGCAGGCCAAGCUGCUCAAGGACAAGGCCGACCGACUUCGAAGGGAGUCCAAGGACGGCAACAUCGGGCUGGACGAAGAGAGUAGCAGCAGCCACUCAAAUUCGUCAUCCGAUGACGAAAAGAUGAAGAAGACGAGGAGCAUGUCAAUAGUCGAGCGUCGCGACGAUGGUAAGCCGCCGGGACAUCCAUAAUCCGGGAGGCGUUAACCUAGACGCCAUACUGCACGCUGGUGUUGUUUUGGUGGCUGCAUCUCGACUGAUUCGGCAAAUGGUGCUCGUGUUCGCAUCAUUGAAGUUCGUCGAGCGUGGCCGACGAAGAGUUGAGCCAAGAAGGUAUGCAUUUCAUGCCCGGCGCAGCAAUGUGGAAAAUGUUUUCUCUUCACUGUCGCAAAAAAAGCUU